AUGAUGUCGCCCCCUCGAGCCCAGCGCAAGCGCCACCGCAACUCCCGCCUCGGGUGUGAUACUUGUAAGCGCCGCAAGGUCAAGUGCCUGGAGGACUUGCCCCAGUGCAAGAACUGCGUCAAGUACAAGGUCAAAUGUGACUAUUUGGAUAAGCGCCCUGAAGAGCUCGAGGCGAUCCGAUAUAAGGCGAUGAUGGAGGCGCGGUACGAGGCGCUGGCGCCACAACGGGCGCCGGCAACACUACAUCAACCAGCGAUAGCGCUCGCCCCCGGCGCUGGUGCCCCGCUUCCCGCAGUUGUCCCACCGCCACCGUCAGCAGCCAUUGCGGCGCCCCCCUCGGCGCCAUCAGCGCCAUCAGCGGCGGCAGUGGGGGCAUCCGCCGCCGCCACCGCCCCGCUGGUCUACCUCCCGCUGUUUCUGAUGCCGCAAGACCCGUUUGUACCCCAGCCGCAACAGCUAUACCCACAAAUCUACUAUAUGAACCCGAUGACGCUGUUUGCGCUGAUGCCACUCACCUCGCUGUUCCCGGCACCGGGAGCACCCCCUCCCGAGCCGCCGCCACCAGCAAAAUUGCCUACAACCACGCCCGCACCAGCGCCGGAAGUUGUGCCGGCAUCAGCGCCGGAAGUACCGGCACUACCACCACCACCACCAGGGGUUCCAAAACCCUCAGGCCCACCUAAGCUCCACCGCAACAAGCUCCCCAGCAGCACCUUCCUUCGCACUACGCUUGAUGCGCUUGAGUAUCGACGCCGCCGCGACGACAAUCAGGGGUUUUUUGACGCGAUGCUUCUACUGGCGUACGACGGUGACCGCCGCGCGUGGACGGCGGCGCUUGAACUCGGCCGCUACGUCGUCAGUUUGAAGCUACGGUCGUAA